CUGUCUUCCUGUUCCGGCUGAGUGUUAUCAUCAGUGAUAAUUGCACAGACUUCAAAAUGGCGGCGGAUGAGGGACAAGCAGAAUACGACCGACAGGUGCGGAAGCUGCGAGAGUUGUUCCAUGGCCGCUUUUCGUUUGAGGAAGCGCGGGAGUUGAUGAUAGCCAAUGGAGGAUACCGAGAAGCUGCACAAUUUGUACUUUCUGGGGAUCCAGAUGAAGUGACAACUUUUAUUUUUGGUCUGAGUGAGGACCUGAGGGAGCUGCGGGAAACCAGUGCUGCGCGCGUGUAUCAUGAGCUGACCUCUGGCAUCACCACCUCCACUCGUCUCUUUGCAUGUAAAGACUGCGACAGGUACUGGUGGCGGAAGGUCCCACAGCGGAAAGAGGUUUCAAUGUGUCAGAGUGCGAAGUCAGGUACGACCCGGUACCCCGCGAUAAGGAAUGGGGUUUGGCUCUGUUCGAGUGUGACUGCGGCAACUCCUUUAAAGCGCAAGGGAUCAUGAAUGAAACAACUCGGCAGUGUUAUGAGUGCUUCGCCAAUCUGUACCCCACAGAGAUUAUACCUCCAUCCGAUGAUCUUCAGCUAAACCCGAGAAGAGCUCCAAUGCGCCAGAGAAUUGUUCAGAGAAUUUCCAGAAGGGUGUACUACCCAAGUCAAGUACACGAGAGCACCGGCUCCACGGUGACAACCUGUCUUACCCAGGGUACCCUGCGGGAGACUUACAACUUUCCCAUCGUCCUCCGUGUGAUAGAGGAAGAACACAGCGAUGAUAACAGCGACAAUAACUGACGAAUCCUUCCCAAAUCGUAGGUUAUAUAGCUGCUGGCCAUACCACUUCAUCUCCUGGCAACCUCAUGCAAGGAAGCCAUCUUUGUUAACAGUUUUAAUUUCGUUACUUGUCAUUAUCGUUGAAUAAACAAUUAUGCCGGAUAAAAAUAGAGAAUGGUGUAACAUAUUGUAAAAAUAAUAAAGAGAUGGUCGACUAUUAAAAAUAGAAAACAAAUACACUACAACAGCAGAAAAGUAGAAAGUAACAAAACUAGCAAACAAAUAAAUAAACCUCACUAAAUCAUCAAGAAGAAGAAAGUCUGUUAAUCGAUUGAUAUUAUUGGUGACAGAGCGAAUAGCAACGACAUCUCAUUUAGAAAUAUGUCAAGACUGGUUAGUUUAUCUUUUUCAGUGACAAUAUCAAAGACCAACUUUAUUAAUCCCAGCGAUAAAUUAUACUGGAGAAGUUUGCUUUGGUAUAAACACAAACAAAACAAUAAGUACAACAAGUGCUGCUUACAAGAUGAUGGGGACAAGGUUGUGUAUCAUAGCAAACUUUCAUUUUUCAUGUUGUACAACCAGAAGGUUCAUUUGUUGUCUUUACCCAGACCUGUCUGAUAGGGUGGGGGUAGUUGGGGGAUUGAGUAAACUGCCCUUCGGUGACUCAGUGAGUUUAUAUGUCUGCAAUAGGUCAGGGGUGAAAAUGUGUUUCUGUGUCUUCCACAUUAACUCAGGUUUUCACCGGUGACAACAAUGUUCACAAGUUUGUUGUAAGCUGAACGAUGUUUCAACGAUAUUUGAUUCAAAGUAACUUGAGAUUAUCAUAAGAAUUACACACCAAAAGAAUAACCCAAUAUUAAGUAAUAUAAUUAUCCCCCUUGCUCAUAUCUCGUUUAUAAUUUUCUUCAACACAAUCAACAUUUAUUAUCAUGUCAGUUUCAUGUCUUCUAUUGUUACAUUAAAGUCUCAUUCUCUUAUUUCUCCUUCUCUCUCUCUCUCUUCAUGUCUUUUUUUAAUUUUAAAAUUUUUUCCAGGUUUUAAUACUUACAAUCAUUAGUUAUUAUCAUCUUUUCAUUAGUAUCUUCUAUUUAGUCUUACUCUCACUUUCUUUCUUUCCUCUGGCCCCGACUCUCUUAAUCCCGCACUCAUUUCUGACUGUAGUUGUCAUCAGUUCACUUCUGUCCAUUCUGUUGGAAAUAAACUGUAGCUGGUAAUACUAUUGAGAGUGAUGUCCCUUUGAGGAGAUAACUCUAUGUAUUUGUGAUUUUACGUUGACCUGUUGUGAAUAUCGUGCUUUUUAUUGAAUAAAGACUUUUUCAUCAU